CUAGAACAGGGGUGCCCAGUCCUGUUCCUGUUCAGCUCCAACCCUGAUCAAACACAACUUAAACAGCUAAUCAAUCUCAUCUGUAGCACUGGAUAAGACUGCAGACAGAGCGGGACUGGAACUGAACUCUGCAGAGGAUAUAGAUGAGGCGUGGCGAACCUCGGUCCUGGAGACCCUAAUCAAACGCACCUGAACAAGCUAAUCAAGGUCUGAAGUGUUACUAGAAAGCAACAGGCAGGGCUCGAGAGAUGAGUAAAAGAUGCCGUGUUGUGCUGCCAAAAGAGCCCGAUACAUCACCUUAAGUGUGAGUGUGGUCGUCUGUGUAUUUAUAUUCUCUCGGCCUUCUGUACAAAGACUUAUCUUUGGAGCGUGUGCGUGUGGUCAGUGCGUGACAGACGUUACUCGUGACACCUGGUUCCAAAAUCGCUACGACCCCUAUGCCCAGCCCUUACUGACUAAGAAGAACUGCAUGCUCAGCAACGCCCUCUAUUGGUGGUGGCAAAAGCUACAGUAUAAGAGUAGAGUGAACUACAAAGCAGUAGUGGAGAUGUUAUUUGGCAUCUUUCCAAAUGAAGAAGAUUACUCUGACGCUGGUCCAGGCCGCUGCAGAACCUGUGCUGUGGUGGGAAAUUCGGGGAACCUCAAAGGAUCCCACUAUGGUGCUCUCAUUGAUGCCCAUGAUCUUGUCAUUAGGAUAAAUAAGGGCCCAACCGAAGGUUUUGAGCAGGACGUGGGGUCUAAGACCACUCACCGCAUCAUCUACCCCGAGAGCGCCGUGGACAUGGACAACUCCACUCACCUGGUGCUGAUCCCUUUCAAGACUCUGGAUCUGCAGUGGCUCAUCAGCGUCUUUACGACCAAACACAUCGAUCGAACGUAUGUUCCAGUAAAACCCACUAUAAAGGCAAACAGGGACAAGGUGAUGAUCCUCCAUCCUGGUUUUCUGAAAUACAUUCAAGAGCGCUGGCUGCAGAAACAUGGCAGAUACCCAUCCACUGGUUUUAUUACACUCAUAUUUGCCUUGCACAUCUGUGACCAGGUGAGUGUAUUUGGGUUUGGAGCAGAUGAAAAUGGAAACUGGCAUCACUACUUUGAACAAAAUAAGCACGAUCGUAAUGCUGGCAAUCACGGAGGAAGCUAUGAAUAUAGUAUUGCACUUAAGCUUCAUGAGAAAAAAAGAAUUCAGUUGUAUAAAGGAUGGUGAUCAUUGCAGUUAAUUUCUCAUUUACUAAGUAUUUCUAACAUUAUGUAUGCUCAAGACAUUAAUUACUAAUGUCAUCCUGAACAAAACAAAGACUAUGUACAUUACGCUCAGUACUCCACACCUCCUAAAACAAUAAAUGUUUCUCAAAUUCAUUUAGAGUCGUGUUUUUACGCAAGACUGCUGUCACUGGCAGAUUUUGGAAAUGUAUCUACAAGGAAGAGAUAUGUAGUUUCUUCAUACUUCUUUCGGGAUUAAUUAAUUAAUUAAUUAAGAAAGAGCAGCCGUUAUCUGAAGGAUUGGAUACUGGAGUCAUGUCAAAGGAAACGGAAAGAAACGUCUGACCACAGAACCAAAUUGCUUCAGAAACUAAAAGUUGUGCAGAGUGCAGAUUUUGGAAGGAUGGGACUUUGGACCCAACUCGAGUGAAGUGAAUAAGAACAGCAUGGAUAUGUUGGUCCACCAGCUAGGC